GAGCCCCAAAAUGGCGCGGAAAUUUGUUGCCACUGCGGUGCACGCCGAAAGGCGAGAGCGAGUUCGAGAGCUACGAAGACUCCUGUCAACGACACGAGCGACGUCUGCAGCAGAUCUCGAGGUUUGGCGGCCCUUCCAAGCUCUCGGUGAUGUUGAAUAUCAAUGGGGAUCGCACGUCGGUUCGGGACGUGUGGAAACAGGCUCUGCGGGAAUUUGGCAACCAUAGGUUGAGAGAUAGGUGCAAUACUGCAGCUACUCAGAAAGACCUGCUUGCUGUUUAUCGCAGGCGCGUCGUAACAACCGCAUGGAUGGACGAGCGCAUCCAGGCAUCACUCCCACGGCCCGAGCGAAACUGAAGGGCUGCACAUCUCCAGACAGUGGCGGGGAGCCACCCGAGAUGUACAAGGCAUUGCAGCUGAUGUGCGUGCACCAGUAUUGGCAACUAUUCCAAUAUAGAUUCAAGGACUUACAUUCCGUCGACCCCCCCAGAUGAAAACUGAUCGAUUUUGUCGUGAUUCCGACAACUGCUGCGCCAGAUAUUUUUGGAUACUUUCGGUGGCUUGGCAAAUUGGAUGUUACUUUGAAGUGGUAUGUGCAAUCGUUGUAACCAUCGGUCAAGAGGUGUCUCCUGUCCUCCCCAGUUGCUACGUUUGGAUUUCGAGCCGGGUAUGCGUGUAGCGAUGUGGUAUCGAUCGUUCGUCAGUGCGUAUUUCUUCCAAGUCGGUGGGGUCUGCCGCUGACAUUGGUUUCUGAAGAUAUCGAGAUAGCCUUCGAUACAAUGCUCCACGCGAAGGUGUUCGAGGCAACGGUCGGCCGAGGAGUUCCUCAUGACCUGGCAUCGGCUCUUCUUAGGGAGGUGUCGGGCAUGCAAUGCUCUAUGGAGGUUCCCGGCUCGGAACCUUCGGGCCGUUUUGACCUGGAGAGAGGGGGCAAACAAGGUGGCCCAGAGACUCCGGGAGUAUUUAAUAUGAUGUUCGUGUGGGUCUGCGUUGAUUUGCAGUCCAAAGGGGCUGCCGAGGGUAGAUAAUCAGCUUACACCCGGACGCCCGCCAGUACAUCACGUACUUGACUUGGGCGGACAACAUAUACUUACGAGCAGAUUAUUUUGAAGAGUUUACGUGUGUGGCUCAGGAGUUUACAUCUACUAUCUCGAACGUGGGCUUCCGAUGGAAGGCGUCCUCCUUCGUGUGCAUGGCGUGGGGGACGAUGCGCGGCGUGCUUUUGGGAACGCGCUUUGUGGAGGCAGUGGGCAAGCAGGCUUACCAGAUAGUCGAAACCACGGAGGUCUUGGGAGUCAUGAUUAGCCAUGAAGGGGACACCACCACUAGCGUCGACCAUCGGCUUGGCAAGGCUGUGGGGAAGUACUUGAGCAAUGCUGGCACGUAUAAGGCGAAGGGCUCCAUAGCGUCAGAAAUGAGAGCGUGGUUCACUGGUCCGGCAACCAGUGCGGCGCACGGGUCGUCGACGUGGCAUCUUGCCCAAAACGUUGUGGUGCGAUUGCGACGAUGUGAGCUUCCAUUUCUCUGGAAGAUGCUCGGAUUCCGCCGCGGGCCGGGAGAGGGGCAAGUUAUGUUCAUGAUUCGCACGGCUCGUCAGUUGGAGCGGUGGCUUCGCGUGACCAGCGCUCGCCCCCUUCAUCUUCGUGUGUUCCAGGGUGUCUUCAGGGCGGCAUGGCGGGAGCAUAACUUCGCCCAUCACGGCGGGACAAUUUUUCCUAUCUAGUGCCUGGCAAGCAGAAAACCGAUUAUGGUGGGAGACAGCCGAGCACGUAUGAAGCCGGAAACGUAGAAGAAGGAUGGCAUUUUUCAUUUAGGGUAUGGCCGCGUUGACUGGGAAAACGUGUUAGUACAAGCCUACGGGGAGCAGUGGCGCGAGAAACGCACGCUUGUUCAACGAUGGUUGAAUGGAUGGCCUUGUGCACCGAAUUUGAGAAGCAUGUUUGCGGACAGCGGGAGCUUUUCAUUAUUUCGGAGCAGGCGCUGGCGACAGCGACGGACCAGGAAAACCGCGUAUGGGCGAAACGCCAGAGGACGUCAGCGUAUCCCUCGGAGGCGUUGCCUACCUCCCACGAGGGUGGCGCCCCAGAAAUAUCAUUUGAGAUUUGAGAGUUUUCUGCUGUGGUGAACGGCCUGGCUGUUCUGACCAAGGGAAGCCUCGAGCCAGUCCUGCGCCGAAUAACGCCCAACAUGUUUUCACUGCUGGAAAAGGGGGAUGGAAGCCAGCUAGGGAUAUAGAUGCUGCUGUUAUUUGGCGGUUGCGCGAUCUUAAAAUGAUCGCAUCGUAUUUAGUCAACCACACCAAAAACGAACGCAAGUCUUGGGUGACAGCGUUCCUUGAUCGUGCCACGCUGACCUCUGCCGCGAAUAUCACCGUUCAUUUUGACGGUUGUACCCGCGCCGGGCAGUGCUCCGCGGCCGCGUGGUGUAUCGAAACUGUUACUGUCUGUGGUCAGAGCACAGCGAGAUCCUUUCUAUUUCAGGCUGGAAUGUUUAUGUCUGCCCCUUCUUCUUCAUUUCUAGCAGGAGCCAUCGCCAUGGGCGAGGCUGUUCAGGCGCUGGCUCAAACAGUAUCCUAUCGUGCGCGGCUGUUACGAGGUGACUUGUCACCUCGUGAGUGACGUAGGC